AUGGCUAUAGUUCAAAGUAAUUUGUUUCUUCUUGUAUCACUCUUCGUACCGGUUCUGAAGUGCAAUGGUGAGUAGAAAAUUUGUAAACGUAACCAGCGUCCGACCAAGAGUAUUAAAUUGAUUGAAAGCAGAACUUUCAAAAAAGGUAAUGCAAAUACAUUAGGCUGUAGUAAAUUUUGAUCAAACCCUAGUUGUUGCUUCUCACUUUUGGACUGAAAAUUAGUCAGUUUUAAAGCUUACUUUCAGUGUGAACUGUUAGUUUAAUCGGAUAAAGAUGAGGAUCGAGCGCGUUCGAGUUAACUGAAAUCCAAGCCGUAAAGUUUAUUAAAAUGCUUAGAAUACAAUGCGAUAAGGAUUUCGUCUAAAACAUGCUGCCUCUGUAGAGACCUGCUACGUGAUUGAAUGUUCGUCGACAAAGCUUUGACAAGCAUUCUAUUGUUAGCUUUAGCAUCAUAACGUACUAGAUAUUCCAUACAAUAAUGGACCCUAACAAUAAGAAUAGAACUACUGUAUUUCUACAUUUUCUGGAUAAUUUUUUGGAGUUUUUUUACUUAAGAUGAUGAGAGUUUUCUCAAACCAAGAGCAGAUAAGUAGUAAUUACUAAUCGGCUCCUGCUUAAACUAAAGAAGAUUGAAAUCAUUAUUAAUUUUUUACAACCGAUACACCCCUUCAAGAGAGGAUAAAGCUCUGUUAACCCCUUUUAAAACUCAGAUCAUGAUUUAUUGAUUGAUUUAAAUUAUUAGAAUUUAUGGCCGAUAUUUGUUGUUUAGCUUUGUCAUUGUAGUCAAUAAUAAUAAAAGUCAUCAUCAUCAUCAUCAUAGUUGAAAUUAUUGACGAAAUUUAGUGCUGCGCUUGUGAAACGGUAAAUACUGUGCGAUGACUUCCAGAUAAAGAAGGCUACGAACAUUAGCAGAAAAAUGUGGUGGAUACAAUUACAUUGGCAGUCGAUGAUUCUUAACAGCGGUCAAUAAAGGAGAGGCAGAGCAAGUAAAGAAGAAAUGAGAAGAGAUAAAAAAGUUCAGGUCAAGAGCUGUGAUGCUAUUGCUGAUUACUGUGAUGGAGUGGUUAAUUCAAAAUAACCUUAGACUGGCUAAUGAAUCUUGCCGGAAUACCAAAAAAUUACUUUUUGUGCAUGGCGCUCUUUACCAAAGACAAAAAUAAAGUAAGAAAAAUAAAUUAUCUCUGGAGUAACUUAGCCUUGACAACUACCUUAGCCAAAGAGAGGAAACACUGCUAAAGGAUUCAUGGAGAAGUAAAAACCCGAGUGAAGUGAAAAAAACUUGGUGGCUCUAAGAGGAGAAAGCAGAAGGAAAGAAUGAAUGACUCGUCAGAGAAAGAGCUUCAUGGGCAAUACAUAUACGACAGGCAUAUUCAGUAUAGGGAAAGCAUCUAGAUCAUUGGGGGCCAACGUUAUGUUGACGAAGUUUCGCCGAGGAUUAUAUUUGCUUUGUUUACGUAGGCGUCAACAGGGGUGUACCACGAUAAGCCGUGUUUUGUGAGAAUAGUAAAUUUCUAAGUCAUUUCAUUGUAUUCAUGUCCUAGGUCACCAGCCAAUAAAGGAUUUAAAUUAUGUAAAAACCUAAAGUAUCGUUUUGGAAGUUACUAAACGAUGAACCAAAUGAUGUUCAAAUUAGCUAGGUUUUCACUAGCGGAACUUUUAUUGACCUCAUUUUUGUUAUCAAAAAUCACUGAAAAUACUUAAUGAGUACCCUGUAUUCAGUGAUGAGUCCUUAUUUUUUGAGUAAGACUUUUUUGUCACUUACUGAUUUCUUCAUGGUGCCUUAGAGCAUUAAGAAAACAGAACGGAUCCUCUGUUGUAGAGGCGGCAAACAGCUCACUUUCUUUAUUUUUUUGUUCUCUUCACACAGAGUAUUGUUUUUCCGAGCAAAAGUACGAGUUACUAUGGCCGAAAACUGCUCUGGGAGAAAAUGUCACGCGAGAUUGCUCUUCAAUAAAUUCCACCUGGACAGGUAUGCAGGAUGCAACUAGAUUCAGAGACCUCACUUUUUCACUAAGAAAAGCAGGCGGAGACUGGAAUAGAAAGUUCAGCGAGAGGAAAUGGGUCAUGGAAAGGAGAAGAGAAGAAGUCUGUAACCGGCUUUUCGUAUUUCCACUAUCCUCUUGGGCCCUCAGACUCUUGACGAUUUUAUUCAGCUUACUGGCCCUUUUUAACGUGGCUAUCCGACUGACAUCAUUGACUCGCUUGUGCUUUACGUGAGCUCCCUGGCCAUAUUCUUACAUAGAAACGUUGUGGGCAUAUUUUUUUAGAGAAGAGAUUAAUCAUUAUUCUGAUUAGAAUAGUAAAUUUAUCGAUUUAAUUUUAAUAUUUUUACUUUUCAAAGGAAACUUCAUUGCCAAAUGUAGGAAAAACAAACAAGAACUGAACGCCAAGUGGCAUUUCAGAGGCCGGGACUGCGGUUGUGAAGUGCAGAGUGUUCUUCAAUACUAUCAAACCAAGGUUUGUCUGAAUGUACAUUUUAACGUGCGUAUAAUAUGCUUUUAUGAUAUAUAGCUAGCCGCUAUUAUUCGUUGAAGGCCCAAUAGCGUGGGCCUAUACUAUCGAUGAAUAUAAACAAAUUUUUUUAUUGGGGUAUAGGGUGACUGAAGAUAAAUCUAGCCCAAGUGUGAACAUGCUUUUGGUUAAUUUGUUAUCAUAGACACACUUUUCCCAGCUUUUCCUUCCUCCUAUACUCCCAAAGAAGGCCUUCUCGCAGGUUAAGAUCGAAAAAAACGAAAAAGCGGGAGCAGGCGGAUGGCGUCCAUCUCCACGUUCUCCACGUUUCCCUCGAGAGUCUGUUCACAGGCCAGUCGAUUAACGUCUACGAAAACCUGAUUAAGCAGAGCUUUUUUUCGAUACUGUUACCUUGGUUCUAAUUUUUAUGUUUUUAUGUCAGUGUACCAAGUACUUUACUGUAUCAGUUCAAAUUAAGCCACAAAGCAGUGUUAGAAAUAAAAAAAAUAAAUAAGUAAACUAAUCAAUCUGUAUUUGCGGUUGAUGGGCAGGUGUUUUCAUAUUUAAAUAAGGAAAGGAUUCAUAGAACUCUCUUUAUGAGGGUGUUAAAGUAGGAAGAAAGUAGAUCUUAAAUAAAAAAAUAUAUAAAAAACAAAAACAAAUUAACAGAUACUGAAAGACUCUUGUUCUUGGGCCAUCGUAGCUUAAUCAAAAAUAAAACGCAAACAGCGGUGAUAAUAAGUUACUUAAAAAUGCGAAAUUUCACAAUGUUUAACACCGCUGUUAGUGUUUUAUUUUUUAGUAAAAUAUCAGAUAUUAUUAUACAUUGUAUUCACUAUCUGUCUUCUUAUUGGCUAAGAGCCUACUGUUAAUUUUGAAAAUCAGCGCAACCUACAGAUUAGUUACUUAUCUGCUAGCAGAUACUUGACACUUACAUUUACCUCCCUAGACCUUGAUUUAUCCAGAUACUGACAAAAACCUCAUCCAAUAACAUACAUCAGCUUUGUGCAUAGACCCCCAGGAAUUUUGGAUAUAUAUAUUUUUUUUACGUCCAAAGGUAUCCAAGGUGAACCAGACUGACUUUGUACAGACAGCUGCUGAGCUGAGAGGGGCGUUCAAACAAUUCAUUAACGAGGAAAUAUACCUGAAUCUCAUGACGAGGCUAAAGGAUUCCAUGUGCAGCAGACAACCAAAGCAGAAAAGCACCUUAUGGGAUAAAAUACAGCAGUAUUGUCAGGUAUUAUUAAAGUUACUCCUUAUCUUCCCAAUUCUACAGAGAGGGAAAAUAUCAGAAAGCAAGUGCACCAAAAGCUACAUUUUUGCUCAGUGAAAGCUUCAUCUCAUAACCUUAACAAAGAGCCUUAAGCAGCGUUUGUGUCAACGUAGUUCCAUGGUUCUCUCUCUUGCUUCGAGAAAGAACCCUGGUUGCGGCUGGUCACGCGGCUCCCAAAAUCUGAGAGGCCAAAAAUAAGGGAGGGGAAGAAGAGUAACUAAUUGUCGCUAUGACAAAAGUUACUCUGUCGGUGCCCGAGAGGAGUUUGUCGCCUCGUUUAUUAUCAGCUGAUGGUACGGGUAUUUGAAAAGGUCAACAACACCCGAAGAAAUAGUAUUGCGUAACAGAAGAGAGAGAACGCUGAGAAAGAAGUUGGCUAUAGGCGAAUCUUUCUUUACACUUUUUGCCUCAUUAACAUAUGCUUAUCAAUAUCUGAUGACGCUAAUAAAAUAGCAACUCUGAAUAUUAAAAGGGCAUAACAGUUUCAGUUAUCUCUGAAAGUUUGAGCCCAAUACACCGAAUGGUUUCGGAGAAAUUCUUUUCUAAAAAGUCGACAUUUUACAGAGAAUGUAUGGCUCAUUAACUUUUUUGCCACACAACAAUUUCGCAGUUUUUGAUGGCUGAUAUUUCCUUCAAUAUUGCUUGCAAAGAGCUGAAAAUUGCACAAAUUGCACAACUUUUGAACUUAGUUCAUAUACGUACGGUCACGGCUUCCAUGAGUUAAGUUGUAUGCUGAUGAGGAAAAAUGUAAACAAUGACGUCAGCAAAGAUUCGCCUAUUCACUUGGUACAUCGCGCACCAACCGAUAAAUUAAGAAAAGCAGAAAAUAACGUAAUAAUCUUUUUAAAGAUUAUUAAACCUGACAUUUGCAUUAUCUUUUCCUUUUCACGAACUGCACCUGCGGAGUAUGCAAAUUUACGAAAAGCUGAUUUUGCACGUGCAAAUCGAGCAAGAGUUUUAGUAUCCUGUUGGCAGGAUGGCGAGCAAAUCUUUUUCCAAGUACAAACUCUCUAAACAAGUAACCUAAUUUGCCUUCAAAAUAAUGUUAUCGUAACUAGCCGAAAGCCACGUAGUUUACACACAACUUAGAAACUCAAGUGCCAUUUUGAAGGAACGAUUUUCUCCCUACCCCAGAUGGUAUUCCAUCGUCCAGUAGACAAUUCCAGUCGACAAAAUUUAUUUGAGGACCUACUCGUGCUUCGCAAUUUAUUGACACACAUUUCCACGUGACCAGCUGUAACCAGGGUUCCUUCUCGAAGCAAGAGAAAGAACCCUGGGAACGAGGUUGAUAGUGUCAGUUAGGAAGAAACAGACAGCUGAUGACCAGGGGCUCUGAAAAUCCUCAAAAUUAUUUCAGGGGGUUAGUUCAUUCUUCCAAGUACGCCCGAAAAUAUCAACCGAAAUGUAAAGGGUAAAAUCAUGUUUUCGAACGAAAGCUUUAUAAUUCAUGUUGAUCAGGGUUAAAUUUCAAGCAUAAUAUUUUUGUAAAUUAGUAUGUUUUCUUGACACUUCCUGCCUGGCCAUCUUGAGUUUUUCUUUUGAUAACCUUAAAAUUCAUCAGCUAAAUCUGAGGGGACAGCCUCACUAAAAUAACAUAAUGCACAAGAAAAAACACUUGUUGGUUUCGUUUUAGCUUUGGGGUCGUACAGACUUAGUUGAGAGAAAAAACAGAGAAGUACACUUUAAGAACAAAUUUUGCCAGGAAGUUGGGUAAGUUUUAAGCAAUUUUAUUUCAGUUAAAUUUGUACUGACAAUUUCUACGAUAUCUUGAUUUCAUCUAUGAAUUUUGAAAAAACGUUGAUCAAAAAUUACUCAAAAUAAAUAUCUAGCCAGAUAUUUCAAAAAGUACCCAGCAACAUUUAAAGUCAAUUGAGUGAGAAAAAGGACAAAAGGCAUGGUUUAAUUGCGUCCGAGAAACCCGCACCAGCAAAAGAAAGGGCAAGGAAAAAACAAAAGGGCGAGAAUAAAAGAAAGGAGGAGAAGAAAAAAAAGCAAUGGCUACACUGGAGAUAGUCAGUGGAGAAAAAAAAACUGCGUGACGGGAUUGGUCCACCUUAGGGGUAACGUUUUCAAAAAUCCAGCUAGAUAUUUUAACUAAUGAAUGUCUAAAUAUAUCAAUUAAUUCUUAUUAUUGUUCAUUCAAAAUAUUUUCCCGAUUCUGAUUGGCUAAAAGUACGCGCAUAAUUCCCCAUAACCAGUUUUGGAUGACCAAAUUUGGAAGAACGUUGUGUUUAACGAGGAAAUGACGUCAAAAAGGCAGCGUUCUUGCAGGUUAAUGCACCGUUAACCGAUGAGCCCUGGGGACAAGGUUGAGUUGUUUUGGUUGUAAAAACAAAAGAUGGCGCACAUUUCACUCGUUUCAAGAGUAAGAACUAGGCGAAAUUAUUGCUAAAAACAUGGCCAGAAUAGAAAGAACGCAACUCGACGGGCGACAUCUGCUAUUUGGAGAAUAUUUGCGGAGCUAAACAACCCCUUUACGUGCACUAUCGAAGGUGAACUUAACAUCGAUGGAGGUAAGCAUGUUUUGGCUAUGUUUUUAAACAAGGAAUUAUUUUGAAUGAAUAAUAAAACAAUUAUUGAAUUCGGCUUUCGUAUCAUAUGAAGAAUUAUUGAGAUCUCGGAGGGUGUUACCCGCCUCGGCCUACGCCCUCGACGAGGUGACCCUCCUCGAUCUCCAUAAUUCUUCAUAUGAUACUCAGCCUCAUUCAUUAAUUGUUAAAUAACAACAGACCAUUUUAAUGAUAAUUUAAUAAAAUAUAAUAAAUACGUUGGUUUGCAAUUUCACGCGCAAUGUUCUAUUAAUAAUUUGUAUUGGUCUCAGUGUUAUUUAGUUAUUUAUUCUUAUUAUAUUAAAAGUACGUCCACAGGACUCGAAGCAGGUGUAGUUAUAUCAUCAAUUGGUGGAACUAAGCGUAAACCUAAGAGUGGCAUAACAGUUGUAGAUAUAAAUCAUUCCGAGGGAAACUUAACACAGGUUAGUAGUCAAACUGUUUACAGCCAAAUACUUUCCCUGGAUGCCAGAGGGUUUUCUUUCUUUCCUCCUCUCUGAUAGUUCUCGAAGCCGCAUCUCGGCUGAGCUUUGUCAAACCGUAAGCAAGGUUUAUUUCAUCCUAGUUAUUUAGAGAACGGACCUCUGGAGCCAGCCAGGGUAACAGCCAAAUGUUUUCGACAAAAAAAAGUACUUGUCCUUUAAACAAUCAAUAAACACCAUCGAACACUUCAACGACAUUCGCUGAAUUUACACAAUCAAAGAACCUGCCCGGCUAUUCUCAGUUAGAUUUUGAUUUUAACAUAAGGCUUUUAAGUUAAAAAACGAGAUUUUCGAGAAACAGACUGUAAGUCCUAAAGGCUACGAAUUUGGCGAAAAUAUCGCGAGAUGAUACCUUUAUGUGGCUCAAAGAUAGACAAGCAAUGAUAACGUUUAUGAAAAACUUUCCGGAUUUAAGAGUCGGUCUGUUGUGGGAUAAGGAAGUUACAAACAGCAAGGCCUAGUUAGCCUUCUAACACUAUUUGCCGACCUUUGGCUUAGACUGGCUGCAGCUAUUAAGAGGUAUACUUCUAUUUUCUGUCCAUUUACUAUAGUCAUGGGCACGAUGAUCCGUUUUGGACUUCGUUAGUCUUAAUCGAUUUUUCAUCGGUUACUCUCUAGACAAUGACUGGUACAUUAGCUUUUAUAGAGCCCAGAGAGCUAGUUUGGACCACGGUCGGUUACCUUAAUGAAUGAACAACUUAUGACAUCUUAUGAUGGACUAAGCCAAGCGAUCAGCUGGUACUCUACUCCUGUGAAGGUUCUGGAAUGGCAAACUUCACUGGGUUUUAAGCCGCUGUCUAACGACAAAACAUUCGUCAUUCGCGACUGUGGUUUCCACGUUAUGAACUAUAGAACGACAGCAGCGAUCUAUUUGCUUCACCGGAAUUGUACGGGUACUACGAAUUGAGGCUUCUGAUCAGCAAAAGGAAAUGUGAAAAUCCAGCCAUUGCGCGGCAAUUUUGACAGGUAGCCCUGAACAAUCUAUAUUGAAUUUAAAUUUUCAUUUGCAUUUUUAGAUCGUGAACAACGUUAAUUCUAGUGACUGUUUGGUAACGUCCUAUCACGAGGUAUGUAUACAGCUAUUUCGAGAAAGGUUAUCGGAAAAAGUACACGCGACAAUCCCGAAAGGUAUUGUGGGUGGUUUUGAGUGCACUGUUCUUCAAAGAAACUUGAAAGAAUGGCACGGAAGGCAACGGACAUAUGUUUGCGAGCGUUGCAAAGAAAAGUGAGCAAGGAAAACGAAACCAGUUAAAGGGGUGUGGGUAGGAAAAGAGGGCGAAGGAGAUCUUCCGUUCUCUCCUUUUUGUAUCCUUUUCCUUUUUUCCGCUUGUUUCCCUCCGUUCUACAUUUCGCGCCGCUCUUUAAAAACUCCUGGAAUAGGCUAAAUUCUGAAUGAUUCUUGCAGAUAUAUUAUGAUGCCAUUAUGAAUAGAAAUAGCCCUUAAAACUUAUAAUCAGUAAUUUUUGUUUACUUCCUUGGCUUGUUUUUUGAAUUGAUGAAUAUUUCAUACCUAGUAUUACGAUUCUGUAAUGACGCAUAUAAAACAAAACUCAACUGACUGAUAAAAUAACCGUGUUUUCAGAACUGUUUUUUAUGCGAUUCAAUUUUUAAGAAACGAUUAAAUUGUUAUUAUUAUCAAAUGGAUGGUGAUCACUAUAGGGCCACUCCCGGGUGACGGAAAAGGUCAGGGAUCACUUAAUAGUAUAAAGGAUCGUAGAUCUGACUACACUUACUACUUUUGCAGAGAAACAGGACAAUAACAGUCAGAAGAAUCGAUUCUGGAAAAAGAGAGAGACACGAGAAAAGAAGGAAACUUGUUGAAUUGAGUUUAAUAUCUGUAUCACUCGUGGCAAUAGUUUUGUCGCUGAUUUUCUUGUCAUGCAUCAGGUCUGAACGAUACAAUAUUAUAUAAGUUUAUUGCCAAAGAUUCAUCUGACAGUCUUUGUUCGUGUUGCAUUGUAACAAAUGACUGGAGAUAAGCAUCUUUUUUUUCUCUACAGACAACACUCAAUACAGUCCAGCGAGAAGCUCUUUAUCCAUAAAAAUUUUCUUCUUUCUUGGGGUAUUGGAUACGCCGUUUACAUUGUGGAUGUAGCUGCUUUUGAGAGAAUUUAUCGAAGGACUGUAAGUAACGCAGGGCACCUGGGCUCCUCAGUGAACAACAAACCACUUGUUAACGCGGCAUAAUACCAUUCAUAUGGACACUUAGGGACAAUAGGCAGUGUCCGUAUUAAGUGAGUCGUGUUGAGGACAUCAAAUACACAUCAUUUUUUCGAAAAUAACAAACGUGCAAAAUAACCUAAGAAUCAACAAACUAAACGUCUCUGACUUACAAAAUAGUUGUUAUUGCUUAGAGAAUAACUUGAAAUUAAAGCGGAAAAUAUUGAAGGAGAAACGCUCCAUAAAAAUGCAUGGAAUCCAUCAUCAAAGUGGUCUUUUUUUCUAGUGAAUCUCAUUCGUAGAUUUUUGUAAACUAAAUCACAACAAUUUAUUUUCUUACCUGAACCACCAAUUCAUGAAUACAAGCAAAUUAGCAACCCUUAGCGUGUCACUGCAUCCACACGUUACUGUUGUAAAGUAAGGGGAAUGAAAAAUCAAACGAACUGGUGAAAAUACAGUUAAGCCCUGCAACGAAUGAGACAUUCAGGUCUUUUUUUAUUGCUUGUUUCAAUCAACAGGCUCUGUGCUCAGUUGUUGCCGUGAUCCGCCACUUCUUUCAAACAGCAGUCUUCACGUGGAUGUUGGUUGAAGCAGUAAAUCUUUUCAUGAAACUGGUCAAAGUGAUAUCGACUAAGACAUUCUACAUGGCGUAUCUUUCUAUUGGAUGGGGUAAGCUGCAACAAUUUAGGACUCGUAAUUAACAAAAGUAAUUAAAAAAUUAAGCACCUAGGCCAAAGAAAAGCAACAUUAGGGCCAUUUAUACGAGGAAAAAUAAGACGCGAACUUUCCGUAUAAACGGCACAUUUUGUCUAAAAUAAGACGCGGCUUAGCUAAGACGCGUCUUAUUAGAUAAGACAUGCUCUUAUAAAUGGUACAGUUCGCGUCUUAUUUUUCCUCGUAUAAAUGGCCCAAUGGUUCCAAAUGUUCAUACAUGGCAUGUAUGACCCAAAGAAGGGCAAGGAAAAAAUACUAAACGGCGAUGGAAUUUUAACUCGUGCUCUUCCGGGGCACUAUCACAGACCGUUUUGAUUAUUCUGGGCAGAUUGUCGAUCGUGCUUGGAUUACACUUACACUUACACUUUACACUUACACUUUUAAACAUACAAUAAAUUUUAUGAAGUGAACAUGAUCAUUCAACUGCAAGGAUCAUGUUCACUUUCAUUCAUAUCUUUAUCCGCAGUUCAAAAUAUGACUUAUUUCAUAUAUUUCAAUUUAUAGUAACUAAUAAAAAGGGGUUUAUUACAAGAAUUAAAAAAUUCUCUGAUCAAUCUUUAUUUCCAUUUAACAUUGACCUUAUAUCAGGCAUUCCAGCUGCUAUUGUCGCCAUAACAGCGGCAGCAAGACCUCAGACGUAUGACAUGAAUCAGAUCAUCUUCGAGGACUUCAUGUGUGGAUCACAGAAGUUUACCUCAACUGUCAAUAGAACAAGGCAAGGCCGGUUAUUUUUCCCUAUUGACGAUAUUAAUAUAGGGUGAUAAAACGUUUAUUUCCGCUUGGAUAAGCACUCUUGAAAGAAAAACAUGUUAAACGCAUACAAAAAAUCCCUAAAGACACUGUCAGCAGUAGCUUUCAUUAUAGAUUUAGUACAUUUGCCAUAGAUUUACUAACUUAUUCAUUCCAAAUAUUUCUCCCUUUCUGAUUGGCUAAAAUCUCCUGGCUUCUGUUCGUCAUACCCAGCUUUGGAAGACAUGUUUUUCUUGAUCGAUGUAAAAUUGCCGUUUUUAUUUGUCUGUUCCUCGGCAUGAAAAUUUAUGAUGUAAAGGGAUGUUUAGUCUGGCACAUAGUAGUUUUCAUCUGUCGAGUUGUAUUUUUGCUAUUCUUGCCAUGUUUUUAGGCUGGGGGUUUGGCUAUUUCUUCUUCACAAAGCGCGAAAUUUUCCAAAAUCAACUGAGCUGACACAAUGUCGUCUACAGGGCUUCCCGGUUGCCGUCCCUUUUUCUGGUGAUAGCCUGUACUAUUGACGUCAUUUUACCGGAUAUCGCAAACGUCUUCCAAAUUUGGUCAGCGCUAUGCGUUGGAAUAUGAAGAACUAGCAGGGGAUCACUGAGCAAAUCACAAUGGAUAAAUGUUUUGAAUGACUAAUAAUAAUUGUUUUUAUAUCAUUACUUUUUUAGCUGUUGGUUGAACGGAAGCAAGUGGCUUUACACAGGACCUGUUAUGGGUAUACUUCUGGUAUGAACAGUUUCUUGCUUUUAAAAUAGUUAUGUGCGCGAGGUAAGAAUGUUUUAAAGUAUCUCUAUUCUGGACGUUAUCUACUCUGUUUUUAAACCCAGCAAAGAUAUCCUCUUUGUGUUUCUUGUCUUUUAAAGGUGAACACAGUUAUCUUUGUUAUGUUGCUCAAAGUCGUGUUUAGCAAACUAGACUCGAGACACCACAGAGAUGCAAUAACAAGAACAAGGUCAGUAGUCAAUGACUUUGUUUGAGAACUGCUGUAAUAUUUUUAAAAGAGUGUAAACGGACCAGUACCUUUAACACUAUGUCCACCAUUGUUAAUUAGUUUUACCAAUUACUUUUUAUGAAACUCUUAGUAAUAUCCGUACGGUCUAUGAAACGUUAAACAAAAACCUACGUAGGAUUUACCUUAUAAAUUCUAGUUGGUGAAAAUGAGAAAUUUUGUCUAAUCACAGAAAAGGACUUAAGAGUGUAGCGGCUUUGCUUCCUUUAUUGGGUGUCACGUGGAUAUUUGGGCUACUUGUUAACAUUCAUGAGGCACUGGACUAUAUCUUCAUUCUCUUGACUUCAACUCAGGUUUGCUUUACUUCUUAUCGUUCUUUACUUUACAGGUUUGAUUUACUUCUUACAUGCCUCGUGUAGAAAAUUUUAUAAAAGGAGAAAAGAUGAGCAAGCUCUCCCGAACUGCCAAUUUAGUCUAAAACAGGAGUUCAUAGGCUCCUGUUCCACAAGGCCAAUUUAGUACAAAUUAAAAGGAGGUUAGUAAAAUAGGAGAACUCGGUAUUUUAAUUCACCAGCUUCACUUAUAAGGGUCCAAAACGGAAUAUAAAAGGACCGUGUUCAGCUUACUAUUAAGUGAACUGCCCUUUCAAGUCAAUAAGCCAGUUUAUAGUCGAUUACUGAAUUUUUAUACUGAGGUUCGGAAAUCGCUUGUCUUUCAAGGAUGGUGUAACUUUAAAACUUUCUUAGAGUAUAUAAAAACCACAUGAAGCUUUGUAUUAUAUUAUUUCUAUGGCACAGGGUAUCGUGUUUUGCAUCUUUCACUGCAUUUUGGAUGCCCAGGUGAGAAGCUCAAUUCGAAAGAUUAUUAUCUGA